AUGAAAGGGAUUACAAGAAGUAACAUGAUUUGGAAGAGAACGAUUAGCAAUAAGACCACCGGGUUGAUGAUCAUUCUAGCAUCCUUGAUUAUUUUGUUCUUCAUUACAUAUUAUGUUGGAAAAUAUUGUUUAAAGUUACAAAGCCCAUUCGGUGCAGAUGUUGUAGAAGAAUAUCAUUUGGAACAAGAGGUCACAAGAGCGGAAGACUCGCAGUAUGAGAACAACAAUGGUAAUUGA